GGGACAUGGAAGAGCCAGUGGACAAGACGUACAUCUAUUGGCUCAGACUCCUGGAUUGCGAUCCAGACACUCCAAGAGUCUGUCGAAUUUUCUAGAAGUGGAAACCAUGGAUACAGACACUGAAGACUUACUAUCCCCCCGAAGACCCCCCACGUCACCAUGAACUACUCCCGAGAAAAAGACGAUAUAUACAAUGAGGCAUGGUAUGAGGAUAUGGUUGACAGGUGGCCUAUUGUUUUCAGCCAUCACAUAUAUGUCCUUAAAGAAGGGGUGGCUGCAUCUUGCCUCAUGAGUGAUGGAGAUGUGGAUCUGGUCGAAAAAUGGUUCACAUUGGACUCUGAUUCAGCACCACACGUUACGUUACUUGUUGGUUUCGGCUACGAGGCCCGUUCACUGGGUCCCGCAAUCAAAGUGGCUGUAGACCUAGCCUGGACUGACACCAGUUUGAACCAUGUAUCCACUGCCUUCAUGGGAGAUCAUCAGGUAUGGAGGAUAAGGAUUAAUGAAGAGGACACAUCCAUCCCGGAGGUUGCCAGAAGAACCAGGUUUCAUGGACGAGAAAUGACUGAUCAUCCUGACACUGAUAACAUGCUCUCUAGGAUUCCGGACCAGCUGUGGAUCACCAGUCCAGAAGAUGUGGGUCUGGUAGAUGUGGAGCCUAUUAAAAUCCUGCUCAAGACUGAUACUCCUGCCCACCUUCUUGUCUACAGGCCUCAAUACCCUUUGAGUGAGGAGAAGGUGAGAGGAAUUGAACCUACUAUUGCUGGGUUACAGAAUAGUAGUGUGCUGUUCCAUACUACGUCACCUUGGAAUACACCCAUUUUACCUGUUAAAAAAGGAAGUACGGGUAAGUGGAGGAUGGUUCAAGAUUUCAGGCCCAUAAAUUAUGUUACCAUUCCUGACGUGAGGCCUGUCCCCGAUCCUUACCUGGCACUGCAGAACAUCUCCCCAACACAGGACUGGUUCUCCGUUAUAGACCUGGCCAACGCAUUCUUCUGCAUCCCACUCCAUGAAGACUCACAGCCUCUGUUUGCUUUCACCUACCAAAAUCAAUGUCUUACUUACUUACUCCAGGCUGCCAAUGGGGUACCGGGACUCGCCCGGAAUUUUCAAUUCUAUCCUGAAGGACCACCUGGAAGAACUCACCUUGCCAGAAGGGGUCACCCUUCUCCAAUACGUUGA